UUCUUGUAUAGUUUCUCAUUACUGUACACUGGUGCAAAUGAAGAAGGACUGGAAGAAGCAAUGAAUGACUUUCAUUGUGAAGGAAAUUGUCAAAUAUUCUUUAACAAAACUUGGAACUGUUAGAAUCCAGAAUAAUUCUUCCAGGAAAGUAAUGAGCAUCAAUUUGUCUCAACCAGCAGCGGUGCAGCUCUGUUAUGAGAAUGUGAAUGGAUCUUGCAUCAAAACCCCUUAUUCCCCAGGACCUAGAGCCAUCUUGUAUGCUGUGCUUGGCUUUGGGGCUGUGCUGGCAGUAUUUGGCAACUUGCUGGUCAUCACUGCCAUUCUUCACUUCAAGCAGCUGCACACACCUACAAACUUCCUCAUUGCCUCCUUGGCCUGUGCUGAUUUUUUAGUUGGGGUGACUGUGAUGCCCUUCAGUACAGUGAGGUCUGUGGAAAGCUGCUGGUAUUUUGGGGAGAGUUACUGUAAAUUUCACACGUGUUUUGAUACCUCCUUUUGCUUUGCAUCUCUCUUUCAUUUGUGUUUCAUCUCCAUUGAUAGAUAUAUUGCUGUCACUGACCCUCUGGUCUAUCCGACCAAAUUCACAGUGCCCGUUUCGGGGAUAUGUAUUGCCCUCUCCUGGUUCUUUUCAGUGACAUACAGCUUUUCUAUUUUUUACACAGGAGCCAAUGUUGAAGGGAUAGAAGACUUGGUCAUUGCACUCACCUGUGUAGGAGGUUGUCAGGCUCCACUGAAUCAGAAAUGGGUUUUACUUUGUUUUCUUUUAUUCUUUAUACCUACAGUUGCCAUGGUUGUUAUAUAUGGCAAGAUUUUUCUGGUGGCUAAAUAGCAGGCUAGAAAGAUAGAAAGUAGCAGCAGCCAAACCCAAGCUUCUGCAGAGAGCUACAAGGACCGGGUGGCCAAAAGGGAGAGAAAAGCUGCUAAAACACUUGGUAUUGCUAUGGCUGCCUUCCUUGUGUCCUGGUUGCCAUACAUUAUUGAUGCAGUAAUUGAUGCUUAUAUGAAUUUCAUAACUCCUGCUUAUGUCUAUGAGAUUUUAGUGUGGUGUGUUUAUUAUAAUUCAGCUAUGAACCCUUUGAUCUAUGCUUUCUUUUACCCUUGGUUUCGGAAAGCAAUAAAACUGAUUGUGAGCGGCAAAGUCUUAAGGAAUGAUUCUUCAACAAUGAAUUUAUUUUCUGAGGAAGCAGAUAUAGAUUAAAAAUUGGCAAUAAUAAAAAUUAAAUCUCGUGUAAAUCAAGAACAAAAUAUAAGCAAGUAUCUAAAAAUGUAAUAUCUGUCCAAAUAAAUGGAAAUUUUAUUCAACCAUUAACGGCCUUCGAACAAAUAUCUGUAUAUGUACUAAGAGUUAUAAAACUGGCUUAUGUAUAGGUGUGAUGAUACUACUGUAUACAUUCUUGCUUGCUGGUAUCUCUGGGCUCUUUCUCUUAAAUUACUAAUUCUAUCAAUCAACUGAAUUCUACCUCUCCCUCCAUUUCUUCAGGUAAUUUGAAACUUUAUUUUUUUUCUUUCAGAGACAC